GGUGGGGCUGAGUCAGUUGAUAUGCCUCUCUUAAUGAUAAGGCAUACAGUGAGAAGAAGUCUCUCCACAUUACCGCCACUGACUGCCCAACACUAUGAUAUAAAGAGAGGCGACUACAGCAAAGUGAAUGAUGUAGAUAUUGAAUUGUUUCAAAGUGUGUUAGGUGACAGGGUACUGACAGACCCAGCGCUAGUAGAACCUUAUAAUGUUGACUGGAUGAGGAUAAUGAGAGGUCAGAGUAAAGUUGUACUUCGUCCUAAGACAACUCAAGAAAUAUCAAAAAUAAUGAGACACUGUAACGGGAGGAAAUUAGCAGUUGUACCACAAGGAGGGAACACUGGACUAGUAGGAGGUAGUGUUCCUGUGUUUGAUGAAAUAAUAAUAUCAACAUCUCUUAUGAAUAAUGUACUGUCAUUGGAUGAAACAGCUGGUGUUCUUGUGUGUCAGUCCGGGUGUGUUCUUAAAGAUUUGGAUAAUUAUUUAUCGGAAAGGAAUUUAAUGAUGCCUCUAGACUUAGGGGCUAAAGGAAGUUGUCAGAUUGGAGGUAAUGUGUCUACUAAUGCAGGUGGGUUGAGAUUACUUAGAUACGGAUCACUUCAUGGCAAUGUACUGGGAUUGGAAGCAGUUCUUGCCAGUGGUGAAGUUAUCAACAGUCUAUCAACAGUAAGGAAGGAUAAUACAGGUUAUGAUAUAAAGCAGUUGUUCAUUGGAUCCGAAGGAACACUGGGAAUAGUAACAGCUGUAUCAAUACUCACUCCAGUUCGUCCUAAAUCGGUAAAUGUUGCGCUGGUUUGUUGUGACACUUUUGAACAAGUUCAGUCAGUUUUUGUGACUGGUAGGAAACUCCUGGGAGAGAUUCUAUCAGCUGUAGAGUUCUUUGAUUCUUCUUGUUACCAGCUGGUGAAGAAACACCUCUCUUUGUCCCUCCCUCUCUCCUCUCAUCACCAGUUCUAUGUACUGAUAGAAACUGCUGGAUCUAACCACAGUCAUGAUGAAGAAAAAUUAAGCCUUUGUUUGGAAGAGUUAAUGUCUUCUAAUGUAAUAAUUAACGGUACUAUAGCAACAGACUACACUAAAAUGAAAAAUAUCUGGAACUGCAGAGAAUUGAUAGCCGAAGCAAUCAAUAAAGAAGGAGUUACUUACAAAUAUGAUGUGUCUCUGCCACUGAAGUGUAUGUAUGAACUGGUGGAUAUCAUGAGAGAAAGACUGAAAGAUAAAGCAUUAUGUGUUCUUGGAUAUGGACACAUUGGGGAUGGUAAUCUUCAUUUCAAUGCUGUGGGUGGGUCUCAUUCCAAGGAGCUACUGGAUCUAAUUGAGCCAUUCAUAUUUGAAUGGACUGCUGAUAGGAAAGGUAGCAUCUCUGCUGAGCAUGGGCUUGGGUUUAAAAAAGCUAAUUUUAUAAAUUAUUCAAAAACAGAUGAAACAGUGUCUUUAAUGAGGAGAUUUAAAGACCUCUUGGACCCUAAAGGUAUUUUGAAUCCAUACAAGACUUUACCAAGAAUUCAUUAACUCAUUAAUAUUCAUUGCAAUGACUAAUUAUUUUUAUGAUCUAUGAAUAAUUAA